CGCUGAAGCGCGCCGACUACCUGCAGCCUGCGUGCGUGCCGCUUGUGUCCUACGCCUGCUUGCUUCCUCCUCGCGCCGUGCUCGCCCCGAGCAGCAGCCGCCGUAGUCUGCGUUCCACGGUGUAGGAUGCGCGUGUACUGCACUGAACUGCAGUCCACAGACAGUAUUGGAUGGCGUUCAGGUGGCUCUCCUCCCCAUGCACGCCACCACCACCAGCCAUCGCUCAGCCAGGUUGAACUCCCCUCUUGGAGUUCCCGGUACCGAAUCUCGCCAUGUUUUGCGGCCAAGAACAGCGCGAGCAAGCAACACUCGGGGGCCCGGCCCGGAUCGCCCUAGUACUCUCCCACAGUGGUGUGCGCUGGUCCCUGCUCGGAAGGCACAGGCUGUCACACAGAGCCGCAGUUCAUUCGCGUCCACGAGUAUCACCUGCGAGACAAUUCAUCUUCAGGCUCAAAACAACGGGUGCUGUGCUGUGCUUAGCUGUGCCGUGCUCAGCUGUGCCGUGCUGUGCUGUGUUCCUGCCACGCGGAGCUCUCAGCAAACAAGCGAAGCGGGCGUGGUGUUGCUCUGGGAGGUACUGUCUGGUACCGGAUAGCGCGUUCUUUAUCAGCCUUCGGAGGAGCCUAGGUUUCCCCAUAUCCUCACAGGCUCAUUCCAGGACACACGAAAUCCCAGGUGAACGAGGUCGCCGUCCCGGUACGCGUAUCAGCCAUCUCGUUGUACAGAACUCUCGUGGGAUAUCUUGGCCUCCGUGCCACAAUUUCUACCUGGAGACUAACACCUCACGCCACCCACGAUAGUUCUGAGAGAACGGGUUGACUGCCGGUUGAAGCCACCGUCUCAUAUUUCCAACCAAGUUGCAACGCUGCCGAAGAAGGCUUUCCCGGUUGCCGUUGGCCGUUGGUGCGUCACAGCCGCCGUCGCUGCGAGUCUCGAGCACAGGGGGGGGACGAGGGACGAGACGAGCCGACAGCCGCGAUGACGAUGGCCGAACGCCAUGGCGGUAUUGAGGAGGUGGAGUUGCGCGAUGUGGAGCAGCAGCAGCAGCAGCAGAAGCAGCAGGCGCAGGAGCAGGAUCCGCAGACGCAGAAGAGUCUGCUGGAGGAGCAGCACCAGCAGGAAAUGGGAGCUCCGAUCUCGGACGAUGCAGGCGGCAGCGUGGCAGCGCAGCACGGGUUCGUGUUCAGCAUGGAGCAGCUGGUGAACCUCAGCUCCAACGCCAACGUCGACGACCUCCAGCGCAUGGGCGGGGUGAGGGGUCUCUGUGCGGGUCUGGCCGUAGAUUCCGAGAUGGGAAUCAACGGUGACGAUGCAGAGGACCUCAAGCGCCGCGCCGAGGCGUAUGGAGCCAACACCUACCCCAAGAAGCCCCUCCCACCGUUCCUGUGGUUCGUGUGGCAGGCGACGCAGGACACCAUUCUCAUCAUCCUCAUGUGCUGCGCCGCCCUCUCCCUCUUCUUCGGCAUGAUCGCCGAGGGAGUGCACGAGGGAUGGCAUGAGGGCGUGGCUAUCUGCAUCGCCGUGCUCAUUGUCGUCACCGUCACUGCGCUCACGGACUACCGCCAGGCGCUGCAGUUCCAAGGGCUGGAUGCAGAGAAGGAGGACAUUCAGCUCAAGGUGAUAAGGGGCGGGCGCAGCCAGGCGGCGUCCAUAUUCGACCUGGUGGUGGGGGACAUCGUCCCCCUGGCCAUAGGCGACCAGGUCCCGGGCGACGGGGUGUUCAUCUCGGGCCACUCCCUCACCAUCGACGAGUCGUACAUGACAGGGGAAAGCGACCCGAUGCACAAGGACGUGUACCGUCCGUUCCUCAUGUCCGGAUGCAAAGUGGUCGAUGGCUAUGGCACCAUGCUGGUCACGGCGGUGGGCACCAACACGGAGUGGGGUCGCAUCAUGGCGACUGUCAACAAGGACGAUGAAUCCGUCACGCCGCUGCAGGCCCGUCUGUCUCGCCUGGCGAAGGCGAUCGGCAAGGUGGGCGUGACGGUGGCGGUGUGUGUGCUCAUCUUCCUGGUGACGCGCUACUUCACGGACACGUACAGCGGGCAGGGAUUCAUCGACGUGAUCAAGGAGCUCGUGGACGAGAUCGCUGUGGCUGUCUCCAUCGUCGUCGUCGCCAUCCCCGAGGGGCUGCCUCUCGCUGUAACGCUCACGCUGGCCUACUCGAUGCGCAAGAUGAUGAACGACAAGGCGCUCGUGCGAAACAUGGCGGCAUGUGAGACCAUGGGGUCGGCCACUGCCAUCUGCAGCGACAAGACCGGCACACUCACUCUCAACCAGAUGACAGUGGUGAGGGAGUGGCAGGGGGGAGAGCUGCACCAGCCAGACGUCAUCAACAACUUUGACCCCGCCUCGCCUCUCCUCCAGGUUAUUCUGGAAGGUGUGGCGCAGAACAGCACAGGCACUGUCUUCAUUCCUCCGAAUGGAGGCGAAGUGGAAGUAUCAGCGAGCCCAACUGAGACUGCCAUAAUCCAGUGGGCGCUCACUCUGGGAAUGGACUACAACCGGCUGCGCCACGCGUCGGACAUCAUCUCAGUGGAGGCGUUCAACUCCACCAAGAAGCGUGCCGGCGUGGUGGUGAGGCGCACUGAUGGAGAAGUGGUGGUGCACUGGAAGGGCGCAGCGGAGAUGGUGCUGGCCAACUGCGAGAGCUGGAAGGACGCCCAGGGCAACAGCGUUGCCUUCACCUCUGACAAGCUCAAGUCAGUGCAGGCGGCCAUCGCCACCAUGGCAGCAUCCUCCCUGCGCUGCAUCGCCCUCGCAUCCUCUCCGGUGCCCCUUGCAACUGUUCCUGACGACACCGAGUCCUGGCAGUUCCCCGACACCUCCCUCACUCUCCUUGCCAUCGUGGGCAUCAAGGAUCCCUGCCGCCCGGGCGUGCCUGAAGCGGUGGCGCGGUGCCAAAAGGCCGGGGUGAAAGUGCGCAUGGUGACGGGGGAUAACGUGCUCACAGCGAAGGCCAUUGCCACGGAGUGCGGGAUUCUGACCCCGGACGGGAUUGUGAUUGAGGGGAAGGACUUUCGCGUGCUGCCGUUGGAUCGCAUGAUGGAAAUCAUCCCAUCCAUUGACGUGAUGGCACGGUCGUCCCCCACGGACAAGCAUCUGCUGGUGUCGAUGCUGCAGCGCAUGGGCGAGGUGGUGGCUGUCACAGGCGAUGGCACCAACGACGCACCUGCUCUCUACGAGGCCGACAUCGGUCUUUCGAUGGGUCUGUCCGGCACGGAGGUGGCCAAGGAGAGCUCCGACAUCAUCAUUCUGGACGACAACUUUGCGUCCAUCGUGCGCGUGGUGCGGUGGGGGCGGUCGGUGUUUGCGAGCAUCCAGAAGUACAUUCAGUUCCAGCUCACUGUCAACAUCUGCGCGCUCUCCCUCAACUUCAUCACCGCGCUCACCAGCGGCGCCGUGCCCCUCACCACUGUGCAGCUCCUAUGGGUGAAUCUCAUCAUGAACACACUCGGAGCGCUGGCGCUCGCCACAGAGCCCCCCACGUCCGACCUCCUCGAGCAGCCACCCGUCGGCAGAACAGCGCCCCUCAUCACCAACAUCAUGUGGCGCAACAUCUUCACGCAGGCUGCCUUCCAGCUGACGGUGCUGAUGGUGCUCAACUACGCGAGCAUCUCCCUGCUGGACAUUGGCGGCGUGGCGAACCCCACGCAGCUCAAGAACACUAUCAUAUUCAACACCUUCGUAUUCUGCCAGCUGUUCAACGAGAUCAACGCGCGGCGACCCAACAAGCUGAACGUGUUUGAGCGGCUGCACAAGAGCCCCAUCUUCAUCGCGGUGCUGUGCUUCUCCAUCACAUUCCAGUCGCUCAUCAUUGAGGUCUUCCAGUCCUUUGCCGACACCACCUCGCUCUCCUGGCAGCAGUGGCUUCUCUGCAUCGGCAUCGGCGCCAUCAGUCUGCCCCUGGCGUUCGUAGCCAAGUUCAUCCCAGUGACAGAGGCGCCUCUCUUUGACUGCUUCCAGCGCCUGCGCCUGCGCCCGAAGCGCAGAAAGUCCUCCCGGAACCUCAUCACCAUCCAGGAGCUGCAGGCCUCUGCCAUCAGUGCUGCUGCUGCUGCCACCGGCAGCCGUGCUGCUGCUUCCUCUGCUGCUGCUGCUGCUGGGGGAAAGAGUGCAGGGAAUGGUGGGACUGCUGCUGGAGGUGGGGCUGGGGCAGUGGCAGCAGAGGGAGAAGCGCCUGCUGCACCCUCUGCUGCUGGUGGAGCAUCCCUGGGUGGAGCAGCAGUGCAACCUGCAGUGUCCUCGUAACGCAUGCAUGCUGGGGGGUGACUGGAAGAGUUUGCAGCUGCAACCAUUGCAGCAGCAGCAGCAGCACAUUGUGCUGCAGUGGCUGUGGGCCGUGUGUCUUGUGUCGUCAGCUUUGCAUUUUGGUCUUGUCAGAGGGAGUGACAUGGUUGGGUGCGCUCAUGCCCUAGUAUGCUUCUGAUGAAGCGUGACUGGAGACUGUAAGAAGACCAGAAGUGGGCUUGGAGGGACACACUGGAGGUGAAGACCUCACAAGGAUUUGAAGACAGGGCCUGGAGCAAAAAAGCCUGGAGGAACAGCUGGUUUCUCGGCAUGAGUUUCGGCCCACGCAGGGGAGUUUCUUAUGAGCUGUACGGGUGUGCUGCAUGUCAAACAUAUAUAUAGUUUAUGUUAGACUGUAUAGGUUCAUAUCUUAGAGGGUACAACACUUAGGUUUAUAUGUUCAAAUUAUAUAAGUUAUAAUUUAUAUAGGCUUGGUAGGUUAUUACUGAACCUUUUCUGUAGAGGGUACAAACCCCUCCUUGUACUCCUCUCUCUUCCUAAUC